AUGAUCGCUGCGCGGUCGCUGGGCGCCCCCAAGCCCCGGCUCAGCUCCGGCUGCGCGCUCAUCGACGAGUUCCUCGGCGGGGGCGUCCCCGUCGGCGUCGUCACGGAGUUCGCCGGCGAAGCCACUGCGGGCAAAAGCAACCUGUGCCUGCAACUCAUGACCACCGUGCAGUGGCCCGCCGCCUGCGGAGGCCUGCACGGCAGCGCGCUGUACCUCUACACCGAGGCCGGGAAGCCCUUCUCCAGGCGGCUCGAGGCCAUGUCGGAGGGCUUGCUCGCGCGCGCGACCAGCGUCGCUGCGGCGACCGGCGCGGGCGCCGCGCUGCCUGCCGGGCCCGCCGCGGACCGGAUCUUCGUGCAAGACGAGCUGGGCGUCCCGGACGACCUCCUGCACUGCCUGCACCAGGCGCGGCGGCUGCUGGAACACCCCCAGGACCCCGAUUACCCAGUCCGACUCAUUGUGCUUGACUCAGUCGCGGGGGUGUUCCGCGACGACGGGAACGACGCCGGCGACGUCGGCGGGCGCGCCCGGCAGAUGUUCGAGGCCGCCGCGCUCCUCAAACGCUUCGCCGACGAAUUCGCCCUCGCCGUCGUCAUCACAAACCAAGUGGCGGACAAGGUGGAGGAUGUGGUGAGUGUGCACCAGCAGGGGGCGCACGGGGCGCUGCGGACGUCCGGGCGCGACGUCAUGCCGGCGCUGGGCCUCGCGUGGGCGAACUGCGUGAACCAGCGCAUCUUCCUGGCGCGGCUCCGGAGCGGCCUCGGGGCGGACACGGGCGGGGACGCGAGCGUGCGGCGGGAGAUGAGCGUGCUGUUCUCGCCGACGCUGCCGCCGAGGAAGCUCGAGUUCGUCAUCGGGCGCGACGGGCUGCGCGGGGUGCCGGCCAGCGCGGGGGGCUGA